GCGCCCUUUACCCAGUUUAGCAAGUCUUUUAAGAGUAACAAUAGACCCCAUGCUUGCAAAAACUACUGUAGUUGCUGUAGGGGCGCUCAUUAUCGCAGGAACAUUUAUCGAAUGUUUGGACCAUAGCACACAGAAGACAGCAGGGUGCCUUCGAGCCUGCGGCUUGCACAACCAGAAAACUUUGACAAAGCGAGAUCAGGCCAGAUUAUCUCCCUCCUGCAAUCAGUGUCUAAGAAGGAGGAGAGAAAAACGCCGACGGCGUUCUCUUGGUGAUUGUCUUAGGGGGGCGGAUGAGAGUUCACCUGCACCUGAAAAACAGCUUGCAUCCAAUGUGACCGUAAAAUGUGGACAGUAUUAUAACACAGAUAACUGGUAUGCGGACGUAUCUUGGAGUCCAAUUGAUGACUCAAGUGGCGUUUUAAAAGGCUAUUCGGUUCGUUACUCGUUUGACAGUGAAGUACUUUGUGCUAAGGUGCCAAAGAACCAAACGUCUCUCAGACUAAAUUUGUCUCGUUAUGGCUAUAGUCAGGAGGAGCCUAUUCACUUACUGGUUCUAAGCUACCCAACUAAUAAGAACGGUAUCGGGAUGAUAAAAUUCUGUAACGAUAGAGCAUCUCCACCACCAUCCUCCUCUCCACCACCAUCCUCCUCUCCACCACCAUCGCAAACCAUAACACCAGUUGUAGUAUCAACGAAAUCAUCGCCAGCCGCAAAAGUAUCAACAGACGGAAAAGAAUCAACCGCCGAAAAUGAAUCAACAGCAAGGAAAAUAACAAACGGCUCUGACAUAACCAUGAAAUAUGUGUCCAGUUCCGUUGGUGCCAUAGCUGGUGUCUUGGCAGUUGUAUUGGCUGUUGUUUGCCAUAGAAGAUACAUCAGAAUCUGUGUACAACGCUGUAAAUCCGAAUAUGGCCGUCCAUCUGGUGAUCCUGGGCCUGAAAAUCGUGACGUAUUCAUAAUUUUUAAUGGUGGUGAUGUUGAAUGGGUGGACGAAAAGAUCCUACCUCUCUUCGAAGAACAGCUUGGGUUAAGUUGCCGAAUCCAUUACAGAGACUUCAAACCUGGUGGUAUUAUUUAUGAUAUGAUGUCGGAUAGCGUUUACGAAAGUUACAAAAAUGUUGUAGUUUAUUCAAGGAACUUUUUGAACAGUCAUUUUUGCAAAUUUGAACUGAAUCAAGCAAAACACAGGCUUCUCAGAAAUAAGGACGACAGUUUGGUCAUUAUAAGAAAAGAUGACGUAGAUUUAGGAUCGCUGCCUAAAGAUUUGCGGACAAGAAGUGUGAUCGACUAUGGCAGUGAUCGUGAAAGACCCCACUGGGAAAGAAAACUCUGUAAGUUUCUCAAGACGCCUGACAAAAACAGGCAUGAAAGCACAAGAAGCAAUGAUACUGUGGUAUCCGCGUUGGACGUCGACCCAGUCAUAGACGUUUUCUUAUAACAGUUCCAAACAUGGAGGACAGACGACUUGUGUUACUUACACAAAAUAGAGCAUCGACCUACCUUCACGAAUAAUAGUAACAUUUACUUCCUUAAGGAAGCUUUUCGAACCUUUGAAGGUUCUUGACGCAGUUUUUUUAUGGCAGAUUUCAAACCAUGGAACCUGACAAUCGCUUCGGAUUUCCUGCUAUGACCUAUUAUAUUGUGAUCGGACAAUGGUACAUGGUGUCAAAACGAGCUGAUUAUCAUGUCCACUUGACUAAAAAAUUCAAGGCACUGCCACAAAGCUGAAAUACUGGCACGACAGAAAACUCAUGCGGUCAAUACACAGUACGACUUUUUUUAACACCAGCAUUCAGCAGCAGAUUUUAUGUUCUAGUAACGAAGUCCUUCAACAAACCAAACCAAUUUAUUGAAAUCAGUGGAUUCAAAUACGUUAAGCUAAGGUGCUAAGUGCGGAUAAGAACUCUGUACAGUUCUUUCGGUAUCACACAACUGAAACACGAUCCUGCAUAGUUAAAAUAGUCACAGUGCUGAUAAGGGAUAGCUGUUUUAGUAUCAUGACUCGAACAUUUAUUUGCAAUCCUCUGUGUGUCAAAUUUGUAGACGAUUCCACAUAAGUAUUUAUCGUUGGUGCCCGCUUAUUAUCUCAUUUUAUUUGCCAUUGUAAGGUUGAAAACAAAAUAUUAACUUCUGAAUUGGUCAGUGCGUAAGUGGAUACACAUGGUAACCAUUGACGUUUAAGAGCGUGUCCACGAGGAAACCGGGCAGGGAGCGAUAAACCUCAAAUCACCGAUUUGACUCAAACUUGGCACAAAUGUUAAGUAUCAUGAGUUAACAAAUGCGUGAAAAUAAAAGGUCAGAAUAUUUAAUUCCCUGGGAGAUAUAUGGUCCCCCUGGGAAAACCCCCAUUUCCUGCAUUUUUUUGCAUAGUUAAUUAGCUAAUUAUGUUCUGCAAAUUCAAUCAACUGGGUUGUAUUUUAUAUCUAAUUUUCUAGAAAAUUUAAUUGUUUCAACUUUUUCAUCUCAUUUCUUCACUUACCUCUCCCUUAAGUAAAGACGACUUUAUCUCAUCUUGACAAGUCCAAAAAUAAGGGUAUUCUAUGGCCCAAUAUCUUCGAUGAGCAACCACUUCUGAUCAUUAUUCCUAUAUGGGCAGUGAAAGCCAUCACUGGACUUUCAAAAUUAGUAAUAAAAUUUAUGGGGAAUUUA